AUGUUACAAACUAUACCCUUACCUCUUCCAGGAAACUCUCGAUUACGUCCUCAUUGGUUGCCUGACUCUAGAGACUCAAAUGAUUGUCAUGAAAAGCUGCGGAACGACUACAUCAUAUUAGAAAGGAUGGAGGAACAGCUGGAUCAGGAAUUACUCACAUGUCUAUUGCAGAACUCUGCGCAGGGCAACCCAGAAAGUUCCUGUGACAUGAACGCCUAUCGAUCUGCCUCAAUAUUUGCCUUCGGGCGAAGUAUCAUACGCACACCAGUCAACUGUUUUAGCGGUGUCACAAAGCGUAUUGAGAGGGAAUGCGGUCAAGUAAAAAGCUGCUGUCCAGGUGUGUCCAGUUGCUCCUCCAUACCCACGACAUCUCCUUUGGCUACAUCAAUCAAUGAUAUGAAGGCAAAGAUGCGGCAAAGAGCAGCAGAUUGCGACAAAGGUUUACCAAUUAGUAAGUCACCAUUACCGCAGUGUACGACUUCGUCUAUUGAAGCAGGUUCUAGUCAGCCCAACCGAGUGAUGCCCCCAACAGUGAGUGCCAACAAUGGCACCAAUAAUAACAAAACAGGAGAAGGACAAGCUAGUGUUGCCGAAGGUGAGCGAACUGUGCUGAAGGAGGUGCUAAAGGUGGAGGCUUUUGAGAAUCUGGAGCUGGGUAUGGCAGGUACGAUGCUAUGA